GGGACGAGCCCCCCCGAGGCAUUCCCCAAGGCGGAGCGCCGGAGCGGGAGCCGCGGCGACGCGGGCGCCGGGAGGGGGACAGGUGCGUCGGGAACGGGGGGGUGUCCUCCAGUCGGGGGCUGGUGGAGAAGCUGGCUUUUCCGUGGGGAGGGGGGCACUAUAUCCGGCCCCCGCUGUCCCGGAACCCUUUUUUCUCCUCCAGCCAGCCAUUGCAUAGGGUCUUUUCUUGAUGCAAGGAUUUUCCUUUUUCCCUUCUCCUUACCCCUCCUCCUUUUUGGCGUUGUUCCUAUUUGAGGGGGGGGGGGUCGAGGGCAUGGCGCUCUCCUCCUUUCUUUCUGCACGCAUCCCAAUGCGUUUCCAUUGGCGUGGCUCAACGUGAGAACAGGGUGACCCGGGCAGAAAGCCAAGGUGGUGUGAGAAUCUUUCCCUCCGAGGGGAAAGCUCCAGGGAGUUGUGGGGGGGGGGGAGAGAAGGGGACAGAAAGGAGGACCUCUCCUUCCUCUCUAGAAAAAAUAGCCAAAUACUUCAAAUGCCAUCUGGUCCUUUGGAGAGGAAGGUGACUUGCUCUCGAGUAAGCAUGCUUGAGAUGGGCGCUGUGGAUUUCAUUUGCUUAAUUUGGUUUUUACAUUUAAAAAAACAAAACUAUUUUAGCCUGAUUGCUUCCUAGCUGUAAAGCUGUUUGGAAGGGUAACAACGGUUGCAAAAUAAGUUAGGAGCGAGAGAUUUGUGAAUCGAAUUCCCUGGGAUUGAGAGGCGGUUCGGGGGAGGGGACACAUUUUUAGGAUUCUGUUUCUCAACGCACAAACCUGCGCAGAGGCUUCCCUGUCGCCCCAGAGGCAGAGGUGAGUUGGUGGAUUUGGGGUGGACCAGGAAGGAUGGCGGAGGGGGAGACGCGGGGGGGGGGGGAGAGAACCUGCUCUGUAGGGCCCGAUCCACCCGAGGAACGAGCUUCCCGCACAUGCCUCAUUGAACUGGACGGGAGCUGCAGUGAGGCUGGUCGGGGGGGCGGGAUUCGGAUGCAUGGGCCCAAGUGAAUUGGUGGUUUUUGUGUGUGCAAAUGGUAACAUCACUACCCUUAGCGUGGUGGGUGGAAAAGAACCCAAAACUGUGAACCCAUAUAAGUCACGGCUGACUCCUGGGGAGGGAGGGAGGGAGGGAGUAUUAGCUGACUACCCCCAUUCCCAGUCUGUGCACCCGAUACAUCCUCACACCGGAUACAUCCUCUUAAAUUUGCUGUAGGAGUCAGGACACUGAAUGCCAUUGCAUUUACUUUGUUAUUUAAAAGGGUGGGCGUUUCAGAGUUGGAGUUAAUAACUCUUUGGCAUAGAACGAUCUGAGACAUAAAUUGCUUGUAGCUGCCAGAAUGGAGGUGGCUGUACCACACUGGAGAAAUCUGAGAAACCUCUGUGUCAAAUCAUGAGUAUGCAGGGGCUUCUCAAGAGAAAUCCAGCCUAGCAAUGGGAGCGGGUGUGGGGGGGGGGGAAUCUAGGGGAGAAAUUCAGCCUUAGAGAUUCCCAGGCCUUUGGUUUCAGUGUGUUACUCCUGUUAAUACAAGGGAUAAAGCCCUCUGUCCACCUGCUGUCCAGUUUUGAAGUGCCUCUCUGGUCUCAGCUGCAUUUCCUGAUGGAUGAGAGAUUUCCUCUUGCUGUGCUAGCUCUGACUUACUUCUUUCCUUUCGUAUACUUGUCUAUAAGUAACACUACAAUUGUUCCAUUUUGUUAAUUGUUGGUGGUCGUUUUUUAAAAUUUAUAUAUACCUAUGAAGGGAACCAGUGGCCCUCCAGAUUUAGCUGGACUCCCAGCCCCCAUCACCUCUGACCAUUCUAUAGGAAACACAAAGCAUCUCAAAUCCUGUGAAAAGGUGGAUUCAAGUGAAACAUUAAGAAAUGCUUUCUAAACUGCCUGUGUGUGUGUGUGUGUGUGUGUGUGUGUGUAUGCAUGGGCACGUACGUGCCCAUGGGCACUAUAUCACUGAAUACCAAGGUGUGUUAAUACAGUCGCUGUUCUGGAUAUUCUGCCCAGUUCAGGUUGUGCAAUUGAAGUGCUGUUAGUCCACCUCCCAUGGAACUUUUGCAGUAAGGAAGGUGAUGGGAAAACACAAUGGCCUGACUCAGUAUAUGGCAGCCUCUUAGGUUCCUAGUUAAAUUAGCCCUUUGUGAAGAACAAUGAGGACUGGAAUCUUCAGUUUGCUUUUAGGAAAAGGAGUGUGCAUGAUUUGCACGUUGGAGGCCCCAAAUUCAAUCCCUAGCAUCUUUGAGUUGGGCUGGGAGAGACUCCUGCCUGGAAACCUGGAGACCUACUUCCAGUUGGUGUAGAGACAGUACUGACCUAGAUGGACCAAGCAUCGGACUAUCUAGGGCAGCUUCCUGUGCCCCUAUCAUUAUAUCAGUAUAAGGCAGGAACUUCCUGUGCCUUCACAUUCACAAGCUUUAUCCUUUAUUCCCCACCCCACCCCAAUUGCACCACAUAAUCCCACAGGCAAAAGGGACUUCAUUUGGGUCAGUUGCUCCUCUUUGCCAGAGGCAGAUUAAUAUUCCCCGCAGCUGGAUUAAUAUUUCUAGUGGCUGGAUUAUUAUUUCAGGCUGACUGGGAAGUGCUUCCUUGUUGUGUGUGAUGAUGCCAAGUCUUUUUUUUUUUUAAAUAAUAUUUAUUAAAGUUUCAAAAGAAGAAAAAUCACAUUGAUAAAAAAAAAUUAACAAUAAAAAGGAAAAAUACAAAGUAGAAAAAAGAAAAAACAGUUAAAAACAAUUCCAUCUUUUCAUCACUUCUUUUACGUUUACUUGUUUCCUGGACCUCCUCAUACCUCCCUCUUUUGUAUUCCAAUUCAAUUUGUUAAUCCAACAAUUCCUUUCCCUCUUUUUAAUCCUAAUCUUUAAUCUUGAUAUAUUAUAACAUUAAAUUUUUACAUAUUAAAAACCAAUUUUUCCAUAUUCUUUUGUACCUAUACAGCUAGAAACCACUUAACUUCAAUCCAACAUCAUUCUAACAUUCAUUAAUUUUGCAAUAUUUCUGUAAAUAGUCUUUAAAUUUCUUCCAAUCUUCUUCCACCGACUCUUCUCCCUGGUCACGGAUUCUGCCAGUCAUUUCCGCCAAUUCCAUAUAGUCCAUCAAUUUCAUCUGCCAUUCCUCCAGUGUGGGUAAGUCUUGUGUGUGAUGAUGCCAAGUCUUUUGAUGCUCAGGUGGCGCCCCUGCCACCUGAAUUCUUCCAGGUUUCCCCAACUGGCUUGUGUAGCUACUGAUUCCCCUUGGAAGCUUGGAUUCUAACUUUGCUAUGUUGUGGGCAGGUUUUUCUGAUGUGGCUUGGACUUGCCUGAUACUGGGACAUAGGAAGCUGCCUUCUGCUGAGUCAGACCAACCAUCUAUCUCAGUCUUGUCUACUGGCAGCAGCUCUCCGUCUUGAAUCUGGGACCUUUCAUUGAGCUGCGAACUAUUCCCUGCAGGCCACACCUGCACUUAGCCCAUUCUUUGCUGGCAUUUUAGGGUUUUUAACACCCUUCCCGCCUCCUCCAUCUGCCUUGGGGAGUAUAAAUUGACAUUGCAGAUGAGCAGCCUGCCCAAGGCUUAAUCUGAUGCAUGCCUUAGACGCAGCACCUGUUUCCAAACGUGGGGAUGUCUGGAGGAAGGGAUCCUAGAAAGAGAUUGGGUUGUGGUCAACUUAAGCCCUACUCAGAGAGCAGACUCUUUGAAAUCAGUGGACUGCAGUCAGUUGUGGCCAUUCAGUGCAAUGGUUGGGGCUGAUGGGAGUUGUGGUGCAAAACAUCCAGUUGGCAAAGACUGUUCUGCUGUAUCAAGCCCAGAUGCAGCCUGUGGUAGGUUCUGGAAUGGCCAGACGAAUGAUAGGAUUUAUGUCCUUUGGGGGACUGGGCAUGGAGACAGAAUUUAAUGCCUUCAACAAGGCUUAUCUGGCUAGUAAUCCAAUUAGCAACACUGGCCUUCAGAUCACCCUGUUCACUGUUGAAACCAUGCCUUCACAGCAUUCUUAGUUUUUGAUUUGUGUUUCAACCUAGGAAAGUACAAAGUAUCUUCUACGCUCUGUGUGCAUCCAUGAUCUGCCAGCUUUGUCUUCUCUGACCAGAGAUUAUACUUUUCUUUAGAACAGGCAGUGGUACAGACUUGAAACCAUACAGGACAGGUGUCUCUUGUUUUUGCUGUGGCCCUGUAUCCUUUAACAACCGCAGAGCAGGCAAUAAUUCAAUGGGUGCUGCCACAUCUUGCUGGCAUGGGCAUAAAACAGAUGAAAGCUAUACCUAUGAGUUUCUGCCUGUCACACAGAUGUGAAAUUCAUGGGGGGUCUUGACAGGAAGAAACAGUUGGCAACCCUACUUUCUUGUGGGUUUUACUGGUAUUCUUCAGCUGAGAGACUCAAGUUUGGAUUCGUAGGAACAUAGGAGAGAAGUUGUCUGCUCCCAGCGGCUCUUUGGGAUCUCGGACAGAGAAAGGUCCUUCCCAUCAUCUGCUACCUGAUCCCCUUAACUGGAGAUGUUGCAGAUUGAACCUAGUGCCUUCUUGGUACAGCACACAUCCUCUAGUGUGAAAGAGCUCUUGCGCUGAAUUCAGCUUAGUUGUACUCAGAGCAGCCCUAUUGAAAAUAAUGGACCUAAUUUAAUAAUGCUCAUUGAUUUCAAUGUGUCUACUCUGAGCAGGAUUAACAUUGGAUACAACCUGUGGUUUUUUUCAUGCAAGACUUUCAGGGCUCCUCCAGACUCUGUAUUUUGCAGGGGGGAUCAGGUGUGUAGUAGAAAUUUAGGUUUGCCCUAGUUCAACAAAUCCACUUCAAGAAAAAAUGAGCAGUUAGGAAAAGCGCAGGAUGAACAAUAGCUUAAUAGGAAGACAUAUAAACACCCCGCAAGCAAUUUAGAAUUCAUUCAGGAUGGAUGUUUAUUGUCAUUUAACCUCUCUGCAAAGAAGUUGGUGCAAAUGCUCUAAAAAGGUUUAACACUGGGCACUCCCAAGUGAUGUAUUUGUUGAGCAUUCGUCCUGAUUUGUUUGCAGAGAGGUUAGAUGACAUUGCAUCAAAGCAAAUAUUAACCCACACUUUUUGGUGUGUGUGUUCUGUCACUUUCCUUAUCACAAAAAGCCUGAUUUUUGGGGGGAAGUGGGUUUGUUGUGCAGGACCGCCUAGGUAGCUAUAAUUAUGCAACCUGAAUUUUCUGGUAUGUGGUUGAAUCUGAGCAUGGCAAUAGUCUAUCAUAUCGCCUCUCAGUUUCCUCUUUGGCAGGCUAAACAUACCCAAUUCCUCCAACUGUUCCUUAUAAGGCUUAGUUUCCAGACCCUUGAUCAUCUUGCUCGCCCUCCUCUGCACACAUCCAGCUUGUCAACAUCCUUCUUAAAUUGUGGUGCCUAGAAGUGGGCGCAGUAUUCCAGCUGUGGUUUGACCAAGGCAGAACAGAGCAAGACUAUUACCCCCCUUGACUGGGACACUAUAUUUCUUUUGAUGCAGCCUAGGAUAGCAUUAGCUGUUUUUGCUGGUGCAUCACACUGUUGACUCAUGUUAAUCAUGUGACCUACUAAGACCCCCAGAUCCUUUCCACAUGUACUACUGGCAAGCCAGGUGUCCCCAUCUUAUGUUUGUGCAUCUGGUUAUUCCUGCCUAAGUGUAAAACCUUACAUUUGUCCCUAUUGAAAUGUUUUGGCCCAGUUCUCCAAUCUGUUAAGGUCAUCUUGAAUCCCAAUUCUGUCUUCAGUGGCAUUGGCUACCCCUCUCCAUUUGGUGUCUUUUGCAAAUUUGAUUAGUGUUCCUUUAAUACCUUCCUCAAAGGUCAUUUACAAAGAUGUGGAACAAAAACAGGCUCAGGACAGAAUCCUUUGGCACUCUAGUUGUCCCUUUUUCCUAGGAUAGCGAGGAACUGUUAGUGAGCAUUUUUUGGGCUUGGUCAGUCAACCAGCUACAAAUCCACCUAACAGUUACCUCAUGCAACCCACAUUUUACUAGCUUCUCUGCAAGAAUAUAACGGGGGACUUUGUCAAAAGCCUUACUGAAAUCAAGAUGCACUAUGUCCACAGCAUUCCCCUGAUCCACCAAGCUUGUAACUCUAUGAAAAGACGAAAUCAGAUUUGUCUGGCAUGACUUGUUUUUGAGAAACCCAUGCUGGGUCUUAGUAAUCACAGCAUCCUUUUCUAAGCGCUCACAGAUCGACUGUUGAAUUAUCUGUUCUAGGACCUCUCCUGGAAUCAAUGUCAAGCUCACCAGUUGGUAGUUACCUAGGUCUUCUUCUCACCCCUUUUUGAAGAUGGGAAGAACAUUUGCCUGCCUACAGUCUACAGGGACCUCACCUGUUCUCAAAGAAUUCUCAAAGAUUAGAGACAGAGGCUCUGAGAUUACAUCCUCAAGCUCCUUUAGUACCCUGGGGUGCAGCUCAUCAGGCCCUGGAGAUUUGAAUUCAUUUAAAGUUCCCUUGCCACUUAUUUUCCCAUCUUGUGUUGCAGUUUCCUCUUUGCAUUAUUUAUUCUAUUAUCUCCAGGCUGGGGAUUGCUUUCCUUUUGGGUGAAGACAGAGGCAUAGUAGGUGUUGAGCAGUUCCGCAUUCUCUCUGUCACCCAAUAGCAUUUCUCCAUGCAAGGGACUUGCUUGUUCUUCUUGCUUCGAACAUAGCCAAAGAAACCUUUAUUAUCAUUUUUAACCUCUCUGGCAAGCCGGAGCUUAUUCUGAGUUUUGGCCCGCCUGACCUUCUUCCUGCAACGGUUGGCUACUCGUGUAUACUCUUCCUUCGUGAUUUUUCCUUCCUUUCAUUCCAUUCCAUGGCUGAGAUAUAAAUAACACCCUCGGCAGUGGAGUCAGGCUUUCGUGUGUUUGAGGUGGGUGUACAUGGCAUUGUUAGUUAAACGAUUAAGGCACCAACCUCAAGAAGGCCCCGUGCUGUGCCCCAGCCUGAUUACUUUCCUGGGGGUGUCUUUUAAGAGGGGAGCACUUUUUAUUUUUUGCAGUUUACAGUGGUACCUCGGGUUAAGUACUUAAUUCGUUCCGGAGGUCUGUUCUUAACCUGAAACUGUUCUUAACCUGAAGCACCACUUUAGCUAAUGGGGCCUCCUGCUGCUGCCGUGCCGCCGGAGCCCGAUUUCUGUUCUUAUCCUGAAGCAAAGUUCUUAACCUGAAGCACUAUUUCUGGGUUAGAAGAGUCUGUAACCUGAAGCGUAUGUAACCCGAGGUACCACUGUAUUUUCAUCCCUGCUAUCAAACUUUUUUCUUCCUUUCUUUUUUUUAAAGACAACCGAUUCCUUCAGCUUAAUGGAUGUUCUGCAGGAGUCCAGCACCUUUAAUUAGCACUUCAAAAUGCCAGAAACACAAUGACAGGUAUAUUUAAAGGCCUAGUCAGGAAGUCAUCUUCAGAUUUGGGGUUGAGCUGGAGCCAACAGCACUGCCGCUGACUCCUUUGCAUGCAAAAUACCUCUUCAGCCCCCUCCCCUCUUCCCAGCCUGAGAAUUUUGGCAGAGUUCUCCCUGGCUAUGCACCUCCUCAGUUGUUCAGCCCUUCUCUCUUUUGCGUCUCUGACUGUGCUUGGAGGUGGGGAGGGGAGCGAUCAAGCAUUAUUAUUUUCUUUUAGAAAUAAUAAUUGUUGUCUUUUGGGGAGAAGGGCAAAACAAAGGAAGCCACAGCGGAACCAACGGAAGCAAAACAUAAAGGGAACAAAGGGCCAAACUGUGGCAGGUUGCGGUGUUGUUGCACUUUCCAAAGAACGUAGACAAAUUGGACCCGGUUCAGAGAAGGGCAGUGAAUGUGGAGAUGGGUAUGGAAAGACCUUCCCUUGAGGGAGGUGUGAAGGAGCCAGGUGUGUUCAGCAUGCUGAACGGAAGGCAGAGAGGGGGACAGGAUAGCCCUCCUCAGAUACCCAAAGGGCUGCCCCAUCAAUGCUGAGAAAGGCAUGUUCCUUGAUGUUGGUCCAAAGGGUAGGUUUGCAUCUUGUGUUCCAGGAGAAAUGUCCAUUGCCAGUGGAACCAAUGGCCUAGAAAGCUAGGAGGGCAGGUGGGCUCCUCUUCUCCGGAGGUCUUCAAACCAUUCUAGCUUUGGGUCACCUACUAUUAGCAGGGGAACGCGAUGGAUCAGGGGCAGUGUUCGAAAUUAGCCAGGCGCAUUUUGCACCUGGCUUUCGGCCACUCGCAACCAAGUGAUGAUGCCCAGGCACCAGGAUGGCACCUGACGUCUCUGCCACCUGGGGGUUAUUGGAUCUAGACUGUUUUCACACACUAGUACCCAAUCCUGUAGAAUUCUAUCAGUUAUAUUUUAUCUGCACAAUCGGAAUGAAUUUCGGGAACCCAAAUGCUUUUUCUGUGCAGCCAGAGCAGGAGCAGUCGCCAUUAAGAAAAAGAGGUCGGAAGAGGCCAAUAUAUAUGUGGACUGUCCUUGGAUCAAGGGACUUUUCUUCUUUAAGUUCUCAAAGUUCUUAACUGAGGCUCAAGGCUGUCCUCUGAACUAGCCAGAUGUUUAAAUGAGAAUCAAUCACAGUCAGUCCAUCAUUUGAAAAAUAAGGCUUUAGAGCCCCCUUGCCCCAGAAUGGCAACUAGACAUUCCGUUUUUGAGUUCAAGUUCAAGUUCAAGUAGUUUAUUACAGUCAUAGACCAGCAUAAGCAAAACAUCUAAAUAAAUAGUAUAACAGUAUUAAUUAAAUAGGAGCAAGAACCAAACGUAGAUUUAAACAUAUACAUAGAAUACUUAAUUAAGCAUAGAUAAUGGGUGAGUAAAAAUUUAGAAGAAAAAUUAAAAGAUCAGUUAACACAGCUAUAUGGGGUGGGUUUCAGAAGUGCGGAUCUAACAAUAUGGGCCUUCAGUUUAGGAUUGAAUUGUAGCAUAGACCAUUCUUUGUCGAGUAUCUAUCAUGGCAGCGCAAAAUCUGGCGACUACAUAUGUGACUUCUGGGCUCUCGUCCUGUUGUAAUAGGGAGAUGUUGUGUUGUUCUGAACGCCCAGGAAACUUAUAUAAGAUGGGUUGGAUAAACCUAGUUGGUUUUUGUGAUUGCAACCUUGGUUUAAGGAGUCAUUUGGCAACUAUCUUAGAUAUUGGAGUUCUGAACACUGAUCAGGGGUCUGUUUCUGUUUGAGCGGCCCAUUACAUUGAGCGGCCAUCGCCACCCUGUUGCCCCUCCAGAGUUUUAGUCCAAAGCAGCUGGAGGGCACCAAGUUGGCAUUGCCUUGAGUAUAAUAAUGUCUUGGGGGCCGCAUGCUGGUGGUGGGAAGGGCCAGAUCCAAAAGUAAACAGGGAGACCUGUUCCUUCGCUCUCUGGUUUCUUUAUAUCGGUUGCUGGGCAUCGCAAGUGGGGAGGAAAGGUCUCUUGCAUUUGGGACCUGCCUUGAGGCAUCUUGUUGGUCACCGUGAGAAGACUGUGAUGGGCCAUUGGCCUGAUUCAGCAGCUGCGCUCUGCUUAAUCUUCUUAGGUUCUCUCCAUGGCCUUCUUUGGACAGUUCUCUCCCUCUUGCCAUUCCUAUGUCAGCCUGGCCAAUGCUCAGGUGUUAAGUUGUGGGUGAACAUAUCAGACGACACAGCGAUUCUUCAAACAGCUCUUGUUUAUUCACAGGCCAGAACAGAACUGAACUGAAGGGUUCAGCCAGCCUGCUAAUAUACAGCUCCACUACAAUGCAACUGUAACCACUUUCUGUAACUAUCUAAUCACUGAACGUCACUUUCAAUUCCUUAUUUGCAUAUGUGGACCUGAGUGAAAACUAUCUACAGUAUCCCCCUGCUGGCCCAGGGUGAGAACUUCAGUACAUAACACCAGGGAUGAUGGGAGUUGUACUGUGGCAACAUCUGGGUGGCCACAGGUUUCCCCUAUCAUAAUAUGGCAAAGUUGCAAUGGGUGGGGUGGGGUGGGGCUUUCUGAAAGCCAGUUCUCUCCUCCCCUCAGGACAAGGAUGGACCUCAAUGAGCCCUAAGGUGGCAUUUGAGGUGGAGGGGAGCCCAACUCAGCUAGGCCAGAGGUUUCCUUGCCACCGAUGGAAAACAUAGCAAGAUUUCACAUCUUCCGCUGGGUAUUGCCCCAGCUGGCUUGACAUUUGCUAUGGGAGAACAGAUUGAGAGGGGUAGAGUGAGAACGAAGGACAAACAUGCAGGGGUGCAGGACGGCACAUGUGUUGUGGGGGGGGGGGGAGAGAGAGAGCUGUACCUGACUGCAGCCCUCUGGGAUCCUACUUUUUAUGGUGUUCCCUGAAGCAAACGCAACAGCCAUACAAAGCCUGGAUGAGCCUAAAGAGAUAGUAUUAUUAUGUGCCCCAGAGAGUGGCUCUGGAAUCUGUCCGUCCCCUCCCCCACCGCCCCAGUGCUUCAGUCUUAAGUUCUGCUUAAAGGAGUGCCCCUGACCAUGCCAAGAGUGCUUUUCCGCCUUCUUGCUGGAGAAAGGGCUCCCAAGUCACCCUGAGCUCUGAAACCUUUCCUUUCCCUGCUACGAGAAGGUCAGGUCUUCACUGCCGCCCUCUUAAUUGUGGCUUGCGGGGAUCCAUGCAUAUUGUUUGAAUGAAGUAAGCAAAAAACAGUCGCUAUAGAAUGAAGGCAAUUAUGCCUCCCUGUGGCCAGCAGUUGGGGAAGAUGUCUCACCCAUGCUGGAAACAAUAAGAAUGUUGCAUCAUUCAUAUAUAUAUAUAUAUAUAUAUAUAUAUAUAUAUAUAUAUUCAUUUCCUGUGAGAAGCGGUUCAAGGGGGCAAAGCGGGUUCUAAAGAUAGAUAAUUCAUUCUUGUUCCCAAGAGCUGAGAGCAUGCAGAAGAAGGAAAGGGUAAAGCAAAAUCUCAGUGCUCUGUCGACAUCCCAAAUCCUCUCUGCUCCCAGGGGGUUGGAGGGGGGAUUGUCUUCGUUUUGGAAAAUUGCAAUGCCACAGACUCACAAUCACGUAGGAUAGGUCCUGUUUCCUUGGCAGGGGUCAACAUUGUUUCAACAGCAACUGGACGGGUUGCAGCAUUUUGCUGGCAGGAAGAAGAUCUGUCAGGCAAAGCUGUACCUGUGGGAUUUCUGCCUGCCCUACAUUUUAUAUUUUUAAGGGGGAGGGAGAGCUCAAAGCAAUUUACAGCUGACAUUGAAACAUCAAAUGAAACAAUCCAGAAUGAAACAUGACUGAAGAAAGUCAAAUAUGAAGUCAACAUUCAAAGCAACAUAAUUAACAGGAAGCUAGAAUAUUGUCUUAAAGGUUUCAAAAGAAAGCGUUGUAAUGGAGGUCAGCUACAGAAUGCACAUUCAUCGCAGCAAAGUUAACGGGGGGGGGGGAGCUCUUAAACCUUUGAAGAGAAAACAAAUAUAACAUGCACAUUUAAAACAGCAUAAUUAGCAAGAGAAUAAAACAUUAUCGUAAGCAUAGAACAUAUCUGCUGCUGUUGUUGCCAGUCCUGCCAAUGGUAGUUCAUGGUAGCUGGUGGCUGUGAAAGCCCAGACUCAGUGACCUGGGUCUCUGACCUCUUCAGCAGCCUCUGUUUCUGUAGCUCCGUCACGGCAGGGAGCAAGUCCUCCAGGAUUCACAGCCAAGUGAAAGAAGUAUUGAAUAUUGAACAGCUCUUACUCAGAAUCUCCUUUCUUGUAACUUGAAGCCAUUGGUUCAAGCCCUACACUCCGGAGCAGCAGGAAACAAGCUUGCUCCCUCUUCCAUGUGACAGCCCUUGAGAUAUUUGAAGAAGGCUAUCAUAUCAAACCUCAGAGCCUAGGACUUGUUGAUCAGAAGGUCGGCAGUUCGAAUCCCUGCGACGGGGUGAGCUCCUGUUGCUCAGUCCCUGCUCCUGCCAACCUAGCAGUUCGAAAGCACAUCAAGUGCAAGUAGAUAAAUAGGUACCGCUCCGGCAGGAAGGUAAAUGGCAUUUCCGUGCACUGCUCUGGUUCGCCAGAAGCGGCUUCGUCAUGCUGGCCACAUGACCCGGAAGCUGUACGCCGGCUCCCUCGGCCAAUAAAGCGAGAUGAGCGCCACAACCCCAGAGUCGGCCAAGACUGGACCUAAUGGUCAGGGGUCCCUAUCAUAUCUCCUCUUGGUCUCCUCCCUUCCAGGCGUACAGCAAACCUUGGUUGCAGCUCAUGGUUUGUCUGGAGCAGAAAACAAAACCACCACCCCAUGAGCCUGGGUUAGGGAAACCUGCUUAGCCAAAUCAUCGAACCGGUCAUAGUUGGGCUUAGGGUGCAAACCCUACUGUAUUUUGAUGCUGUGUUUUGGGGGCCCUCCCGAUUGGGGGUUGUCGUCUUUGGAGGGUGUCGUCCGCAACAUGUCACUGGUGAAGUAAUAGUGCAUGGGUAGGCAAACUAAGGCCUGGGGGCCGGAUCCAGCCCAAUCACCUUCUAAAUCUGGCCCACAGAUGGUCCGGGAAUCUGCGUGUUUUUACAUGAGUAGAAUGUGUCCUUUUUAAAAUGCAUCUCUGGGUUAUUUGUGGGGCAUAGGAAUUAGUUCAUUCCCCCCCCCCCAAAUAUAGUCUGGCCCCCCACAAGUUCUGAGGGACAGUGGAUUGGCACCUUGCUGAAAAAGUUUGCUGACCCCUGGAAUAGUGCAUCAUUGGUGGAUUUCUAACUGGACCACCCACACGCAAUUCCACCGCGUUAGUGGUUCUGUGAUGCUUAAAAAAGUAAAGGACCCCUGACAAUUAAGUCCAGUCGCGAACGACUUUGGGGUUGCAGCGCUCAUCUCGCUUUACUGGCCGAGGGAGUUGACGUUUGUCCGCAGACAGUUUUUCCGGGUCAUGUGGCUGCUCUAGCGAAACUAGAGCAGCACAGGGAAACACCGUUUACCUUGCCGCCAGAGCAGUACCUAUUUAUCUACUUGCACUUUGACUUGCUUUCAAACUGCUAGGUUGGCAGGAGCUGGGACCGAGCAACAGGAGCUCACCCCGUCGCGGGGAUUCAAACCACUGACCUUCUGAUCGGCAAGCCCAAGAAGCUCAGUGGUUUAGACCACAGCGCCACCCGCGUCCGUCCCUCUGUAAUGCUUACUCAAGGCUAUUACACCAUUGCCUCCUGGAGGGGCCCCCCUUGCCCUAUAGCGCAAAAAGAGGGACAAAGAAAUAAACAGGAACAUCUAUACAGUGGUACCUCGAGUUAAGAACUUAAUUAGUUCUGGAGGUCCGUUCUUAACCUGAAACUGUUCUUAACCUGAGGUACCAUUUUAGCUAAUGGGGCCUCCCACUGCCACCGUGCCACCGCACCGCGAUUUCUGUUCUCAUCCUGAAGCAAAGUUCUUAACCCGAGGUACUAUUUCUGGGUUGGCGGAGUCUGUAACCUGAAGCGUCUGUAACCCGAGGUACCACUGUAAUAUAAAAUGUUACAGGAUUUCAGCAGGAAGCAAUUGGACGUGCAUAAACCAACUGGAAAUCAAGCAUGUUUACCCCAAACUUUGGCACGUGCAAAACCGUACUGAAAGUGCCCUAAUACCAUCAUGAGCACAAAUGCUCAUAAAUGCACAAUUAAAAAGACGUCUUUUAAGGAUGUAUUUUGUUGCUUGGUCAUGUCACUUAAAAUGCGGAGUUAUUAUUAUUAAAUUUUCAGUAGUAUUCUUUGGUUUUGUAUGAGUAAUGUGCAUAGCAGUUGCCAUAACAAUUCCCUUUCUGUUAGGAUAUAUGCAAACCGGUUAGAGAUUUCCCUGUAGGCAAAUGUCUGAUCCCUACAGGGGGAGAUGGUGGGACCUUUCAUGUAGCUCUUCUAAGUCAGAUAUCUGGGUUCCAAAAGACCUUGGGAGGAGAAUGAGGGUCCGGUAAGUUUUUGGCAAGGACAUGGGCCUGGGGGCCAGGACACCUGGGUCUCUUUGAGGCCGUGGGAGAAAAAUGAGUUCUGACAAGUUUCUUAAAGCAGUGGGGUGGGAUAUGUGUCUCAUUUGCAAUCCACCUCCGGCAGGUGGUGACGGACUCUACUAUCUGGAAGGGAGGAGUGGAGUAAUAGCUAUUAACUGCAGUUCAGAAGCAUUCCUGUAGUUCAGGGGUGGGGGAACCUGUAGCUCUACAAACUUGGCUGGACUCUGUCUCCCAUCAGCCCGUCAGCACAGCCGAUAAUCAGGGUUCCUCACUCCUGCUGUAGCCUUUAUGUUCCAGUGUAGAAGAGGAGUGGUAUGCAGUGGUUAGAGGUGAUCUCUGGGCAUUGGGCCCUCCCGAUUUGCUGUCACCUUCCUCCAGCCUCUCUGAGAGGCCCGGGGCGGCGACUGUGAACGGGCUUUUGCAGCGCAUUCUAAAACCAGGUCACCUUUGCUGGAACCUUGUCCUGUGUAAUCAUUGGCAGUAAUCUGAGCCCAGGUAACCUGGCACGGAGGAGCCGGUGGACGGCAGGUAAUGGAUACUUCUUGGGACUAGGCAGGUAGCCAGUCCUCCUUGUUUCCACCUGAAUGGGCAAGUCCAGCUGCCGCCUAAAAGGCAGACUAGCUGGAUGGUUGCAGCGGUGGCUAUUAAUAAUGCUAGCAAUAAUGAUUUUUUCAAACUUGCUAGCUGCUUUUUAAAAGCCCUUGCUUUAUUUGGGACUCACAAGGACACUGCGUCCCCAUUUUCCAGGAGUUGAGGCUGAGAGAGGGUGGGUGACUUGCACAAAGCCCCUGGCAGAGGCAGGAUUUGAACCCAGGCCUUGCAGGUCUUUCGGACCCACUGCAGAUAAUAAGUGGUCUCAAAGAAACAAGCCUGGCUGAGGUUGACGGAGAAUGUACUCCCAAGUAGCUGUGCCUGGGGACUGCAUCCAAAGAUUUGAAAAACAAAAAUUCUAAGCUCCUUCUGCCUGGGUACUCUGAAAUGUGGCAACUGGCAUUCAGGAAUUUGAAAGAUUUCUUUCUCCAGUCCAGUCUCUCUUCUCUCCCCCUCCCCACAAGGCCUUUCCUGCCUCUUAAUUCUGACGUGCAAAUUAAUCAGCUUUCAUCUUUGCUGCUGCCUCCCUGCCAUUCUGGCUUUUUUCCUCGAGGAUUGCGUCUGAAUUUCUAGGUUUCUCUCCUGGAAAUUCAGGAUAGCAAAUUGGCAGAACUCUAAGCCUCCUCCAGACAACCCUUUUUUAUUGUGCACACACAACUGUUUGUGCUCAGGGUGGUAUUGGGAUGGUUAUAAGCAAUCCCCCCUUUCGAUACUGUUUGCAUCUGUUCAAAAGGUUCAGGGUGGCUUCAUUUGCGAUUGGUGCAUAUCUCAUUAUCUCCUGCUGAAAAACUUGCAGCAUUUCAUACAAAUAUUCUGGAGCGUCGUUGACUUUUUCGUUCUGCUUUGCACUGUUUUAGUGCAAGAGUGGCCCUUCAGACAGCAAUAAUACAGUGACAAUCAGCUUACAUUGCAGAACGAUUCUCAAAGCUGAACGCUGUGUGGAUGGUCCGGUCUAAAUCUGCCACUGUUGUUGUUUAGUUGUUUAGUCGUGUCUGACUCUUUGUGACCCCAUGGACCAGAGCACGCCAGGCACUCCUGUCUUCCACUGCCUCCCGCAGUUUGGUCAAACUCAUGUUCAUAGCUUCGAGAACACUGUCCAACCAUCUUGUCCUCUGCCGUCCCCUUCUCCUUGUGCCCUCCAUCUUUCCCAACAUCAGGGUCUUUUCCAGGGAGUCUUCUCUUCUCAUGAGGUGGCCAAAGUAUUGGAGCCUCAGCUUCAGGAUCUGUCCUUCCAGUGAGCACUCAGGGCUGAUUUCCUUAAGAAUGGAUAGGUUUGAUCUCCUUGCAGUCCAUGGGACUCUCAAGAGUCUCCUCCAGCACCAUAAUUCAAAAGCAUCAAUUCUUCGGCGAUCAGCCUUCUUUAUGGUCCAGCUCUCACUUCCAUACAUCACUCCUGGGAAAACCAUAGCUUUAACUAUACAGACCUUUGUUGGGAACGUGAUGUUUCUGCUUUUUAAGAUGCUGUCUAGGUUUGUCAUUGCUAUUAUUCCACCAGCAACACAUUGUGGGAAAUGCCUGCAAGAAACCCACCAGUCUGGGAGGGCCCUUAGAAUUGGGACGAGCAGAGGAGGAAAGGUUGGCUCAGAGAGGAAAGGGCUGUGGGUGCAUUUUGCAAACUAGCUUUUGCGUGCCCCUGCUCUGAUCGCCCAACUCCCCCUCCCUGGCCCUCCGGCGCUCUCUCUAGCUGCGCAUGGAUUUAUCGAGGGACAGGGAGCUGUCAAGUUUCCACCUCACCCCUGAGGCUCGUGCUCAUCGAUCGGGUGAAGUCUGUGGCCUAGAUUCCAGUGAAGGGCAGAGAGGUUUAGUGGCUGGUGCACUGGGAGCCAGGUGCUGCGUCUCUCGGCUCUGAAAGGGCGAGUGGGUAGUGAGUUCGAGGAGAUGGGGGAGGUUCCACAUUUUUAAUUGUCAAGUUUUCCAUUCAGUCCUUAGUUCUGGAUUUUCAGGCGGUGGAAAUGGAAGUUGGUUAGGGUGGAAAACAGCAGGAGGAGCCUCCUCUCUCUCUCUCUCUCUCUCUCUCUCUCUCUCUCUCUGCUGACAACUUUGAUUGAGAAAGGAAGUCAAUUCAGUUCACCCACCUUUCGAUCAGCCUCUCUCAUGGAGGCAUUGGUGGCCGUUGAAAUAGGCCGUCUGCCCUGCACAAAGAGGACCUUGCAGAGGCGUCUGCCCUUGUUAGCUGUGCUGCCUUCUGGGCUCCGAGUUCAAGGUGAUGGGUGUGAUCUAAAUUUUCUCUUUGCAGCCAUGGGUCUGGCCCUGCCAGCCUCUGGGCUCUCUGCUGCUUCACGGGUAGCCUGUUGCAAUCUCUGAGACCCAUGGAGAAAGCCUUCUAACCGUCCCUUUUUAUUUAUUCUAGACAACCUUCUUUUGCGGGGUACCCUUCCCUAGUAAAUCACAGUCCUUCUGGAGCUCUAAACUAGAAAACGCUUUGAAAAAGCAGCACUUUAAAAGCAAUCCAGAAUGCAGUGCACAUGAACUGAAAGCUGCUUGAAAUGAAAAGAUUGUAGAAUCAUAGAAUUCUAGAGUUGGAAGGGACCUUGAGGGUCAUCCAGUCCAACCCCUGCAAUGCAGGAAUCUCAACUAAAGCAUCCAUCCUCCAAGGACGGAGAGUCUACCACCUCCCAAGGGAGUCAUUUCCACUGUCAAACAGUUCUUACUGUCAGAAAGUUCUUCCUGAUGUUUAGUCAGAAUCUCCUUUCUUGUAACUUGAAUCCACUGGUUCAAGGCCUACUCUCCAGAACAAGAGAAAACAAGCUUGCUCCAUCUUCCAUGUGACAGCCCUUGAGAUAUUGGAAGAUGGCUGUCGUAUCUCCUCUCGGUCUCCUCUUUUCCAGCCGUAGAGCAAACCUUGGUUGCAGCUCAUGGUUUGACUGAAGCAGAAAAUAAAACCACCCUCCCCCCAUGAGCCUGGGUUAGGGAAACAUGCUAAGCCAAAUCAUUGAACCCAUCAUAGUUGGGCUUAGGGGAAUGUGCGAACCCUGCUGUAUUUUGAUGCUAUGUUUUGAGGGGCAGGAGAAGACAAGUGGGAACUUGCCCACUUUCCCUGUAUGGAGGUUCUGAGCAACGAGCUCUUCUUCAGAAAUAAAUGCAGCAGAGAAGAAAUGAGGGCAAAAGCAGGCCCAGCAGCAAUGGUGGAAGACCAGAAUGAAACAGCCUUGGGUGAGGAGCCACCAGAAGGGAAGAGGUGUGGUUGGAGGAGAGCCUCCAGUGUUGUCAAAACCACACACACUUACCGGUAAACCUGGGGAGUAAAAGCCCAAAGGAACGCCCACACCUAAGAUGGGCUAUUUUUUUGCACUGCUGUUCUGGAUCUUUGGGCCUUCCACAUUAGCAGAAAAGAUGGACAAAUGCAAGGCACAGGACAAUGGCUGUGAAAGGACAGUGGUGUCAUCUGAAUGUCCCAUUUGGGGUGGCAGGAACACCAGGGCUGGUCCUACAAUGAUGCAGCUGCCUCAGGCAGUAGAUGCUGAGUAUGAGGAGUAGCCAGAGCUGUCAGUGCCCCAUGGCCUGCCCUGUACCCUCUAUGCUAGCCUGCUGCCCUCAAGUGCAGGGAAAGAUGUUGGAGUAAGAUUCCACUGCCAUUCCAGUUGGCUCCUGUAUGUGCCCUGGGGGAGGGAGCCAUCUUGUCCUUCGCCUCAGGCAGCAAAAUGUCUUGAGCUGGCCCUGAGGAACACAGUGUAAGGGACACUAUAAAACACUGAAAACACACUGUCACACACCCGCCAACAUUUUAUGGUUCAUUUGUGCUGGUUUGCCGUUGACUUCGGCUCCUACGUCUAACUUCAACGGAAUAAUUUUCUUAUGCCUAUUUUUAUAUCCACAUUGACUUCUUUUUUUGUCCCUGGUCUGCCCUUGCAACGGAUGCCAGAAACACUGACUUUUGCUGCCUCUCUCCAGUAUCUCAUUUACUUUUUUCAGACUUUAAUUCUCCACAGUGCCUGCUUGUACAAAAUGGAUUCUCUUUUUUAAACAGUUGUGGCAAACCUUUCCUCAUGCUGGGCGUUCUGCCCACCAGUACCUUUUAAAUCCUCCUCCUCGCACUCUCUUUGCCAGAAAUAGUUUUCCAGCAAGGCCAAUUAUAAACUUUUCAUCGUUAAUUGUUAUUGCUUAAGUUUUUUGGUUUUGUCGUUCUUAUUUCAUUAAUAUAUGAAGAUGAUUUGCAAACACACCACAAAAACCUGCUACAAUGGUUUUAAAAAACAGUACAAAAAUGAAACUGAAAAUAGGUUUGAGAACUCCCUUCCAUCCAGCUGGAAAUGCUUGUUGAAACUAAAAUGUCUUCAGUUGCUUCCAGACUGGACAGGAGGCAGGCACCUGUCAUACCUCGACGGAAAUGUUCCACAGAACAGGGGCAGCCACGGUGAAAGCCCUGCUCCAGGCUUCUGGUAUUUUAGAGCUUCAAUGAGAAACUCUUCUGCAGAGUGCAGUGACCUACUAGGCAUAUAAGGAUUAAGGCAGUCUCUCCAGUGACCUGGUCCUGAGCUGUCGAGGGCCUUACAGGUUACUGCAGGCUUCCUCAACCUCGCCCCUCCAGAUGUUUUUGGCCUACAACUCCCAUGAUCCCUAGCUAGCAGGACCAGUGGUCAGGGAUGAUGGGAAUUGUAGUCUCAAAACAUUUGGAGGGCCAAGUUUGAGGAAGCCUGGAUUAGUACCAGAACUUUGAAUUUAGCCCAGCAGCCGAUUGCACUGGGCAACAAUUUUUUACUUUUUGAAUGUUGUCUAGAUUUCUACAACUGAUUUAGGGUAUUUUUGCACUGCUGAAUCAGGAAAUGGCAUCCGUUUCUCUCCAUCAGGUCAGGUUUACUGUAAACUGAAUGGUGGGCAUUGAUAAAGGUAAGUACACAUAAAUUGCAUGUUGCUUCACCAUUUUUCAAACUUCAGAGCUUGAACUUCCAUUUCUUGGAACUCCUGGAAUACUCAGCGGCAGGGAGGUCUCUCUUCAGAGUCCAACAGUAGUCAGCCAUCAUGAUUGCGUCCCAGCGACCCUGAUACUUGGUCUCCAUCUUUUUCAUGUCCUGAUGGAAUCUCUCCCCCUGCUCGUCACUCAUUGAACCCAGGUUCUCAGGAAACCGGUCCAUAUGUGAAAAUAGGUAGUGCAUCUUGACGCUCAUGUUGCAGCCCAGGUUUCUGAAAGCAGUCAGCAUGUUGUUGACAUGUUCUGUGUAGUUUCUGGCCUUAUUGUUGCCAAGAAAGUUCUUCACUACCAGAACAAAUGCCUUCCACGCUUCCAGUUCCACUUCGUUCAUUGAGUUUCCAAACUCUGGAUCUCUGAUGAGCUGACAGAUCUGAGGACCGUCAAAGAUGCCAGCUUUCAACUUCUCCAUGGUCAAUCCUGGAAAAGCCUGGCACAAGUAAGUGAAGCAGUCACCAUCCUUGUCCAGAGCCUUGGUGAACUGCUUGAUUAAGCCGAGCUUGAUGUGCAGCGGUGGGAAGAGUAUUCUGUCUCUGUCCACCAGAGGGUCGUUGAUGACGUUCCUUUCUUUGCAAGGCACCAAUUCCUCCCGCACAGGCCAGUCCUUCUUCGUGUAAUGCUGAGCACAGUCCCUACUAUCCCACAUGCACAGAAAACAUGGGUACUUGGUGAAGCCAGACUGUUGUCCCAACAAAAAGUUCACCAUCUUCAGGUCAACACAAAUAAACCACUUAUGCUGAUCGUAACCAAUUUUCUCCAGCACAUACUUCACCACUUCAUAGUUCUCCUUCAGUGUACUCGAGUGAGCCAGGGGUAUAGAGGCAAACUGGUUGCCGUUGUGUAGCAGAACACAUUUCAGUGAUCGCUUGCUGCUGUCAAUGAACAGUCUCCAAUCUUUGGGUUCGUACUGUGGCACUCCAAGCUUGAGCAGAAGCUGCGCAAUAUCUGCACAGUACACCAAGUCCUUCUCUUCGGAGAAAAAACGGAGGUUUUAUGACUUCAAAUUGAUCCCUUUUCAACUUAAUCACCCAGAACUAUCGGACCUGAAUACUUCUUGUCAUUAAAAUAAUCAUUUCCAAUCAAAACAAUUAUUUGACAUGGCAUUUUACCCCCAACAACUUCUUCUAAAAUGCUCCACACAAGCGUUCAUGUGAACAAAAACGUAAAAAACAACAUGUGGCCAUAGCUCAAAAACUUGACCUGAUUGAGUAAAACCAGUGUGAUUUUUGGAUUCAGCGCAUCAGAUUCGUCCUAAAUCAACUGACAAAACGCAGACAACAAAUUUGUUGUUGACCAGUGUUGUCAGCCAGUGCAGAUGAGGUACUAUAUCCUGGCAGUAGUUUCUCCAACAAUUAACCCAGCUGUCUCAUUCUGCGCUAGCUGCAGUCUCUGGAUGAACCUCAAGGGCCGCCUCACACAGAGCACAUUGCAGUAGUCCAGUCUUGAGGUUACCAGUGCAUGGACAACUCUGGUUAAGCGAUCCAGGACUGGCCAUAGCUGCCUUGUUAAUAGCAGCCUGCCUGCCUGCCUGCCUGCCUGCCUGUGAGUUGCCCCACGCCUGCCACCCUCGUGCACUUCUCUGCACAAUUUUCAUUUGAGCUUGGGGUAUCUCAUGUGCUCUUGCAGUUCCUUCUCUUGGGUCAGGUCUUCCUCCUGCAGUAAUUUCUCCUUUGAACUGGAUUUCAUUUUCAUUGUGUCAUGAAACCAACACCUUUAGCUAGAGUGGCAGGGGUAUAAAUAUUAUUAUUAUUAUUAUUAUUAUUAUUAUUAUAGUACGUGAGACUCAAUUCUAAAAAUGGGAUGGCCAUUAUCAUUUGGAGUGAUUACACAAAGCAGUUCUUUUGGGUAGCUUUUGACCCCGGUAAAUUUUUAAGCCAUUAUGUCCUUUGGUAAUGAAUAGCUUCCAUUGCCCUUGAUCCUGGAAAAGUUGUAUAUAGCCCUCAUGACUAGUAGCCACAGAUAGCCUUAUUCUCCAUGAAUGAGCCUGAUUCUCUUUCCAAGUCAUCUGUCUCUCCAUCUUAUGAGAGCCAAUUCUGUAGUUUAACUAUGUGCUGUGUGAAGACGGACCUCUUUUUGUCUGUCCUGAAUUGUCAUUCAGCCUCAUUGGAUGUCAGCGAGUUCAGCGUGAUUUUAAACAAGCCACACAGCUUGUCGUUGUCAUCGUCUUUUUCUCAUUUCUAUUUAAAUCUCCCUUCCAAAGGAGUCCAGGGCAGCAAACACAUAAUUAAAAGAGCAUCAUUAAAAAAACAUUCUAAAACCACUUUCAAACAGCCCCCAUUAACUCAGCCAGUGACUUCAGAGUUGCCAGGAACAGUAUCUUCCAACCAUCGAAUGCCUGAGUGAACAGGAAUGCUUUUAAGUUCCUCCUGAAAGUCAAUAAGGACGGACACAACCACACAGCAUUUACAGCAGAAGCUGCCUUAUACUGAACCAGACCUAUUUCCCCCCUAUCUAGCUCAGUAGUGCCUACACUGACUGGCAGCAGCUCUCCAUGUUUCAGACGGGGGUCUUUCCAAGCCCACACCUGGAGAUGCCACUGGAACAGAAUCAUAGAAUUGUAGUUGGAAGGGACCACAAGGGUCAUCUAGUCCAACCCCCUGCAAUGCAGGAAUCUUUUGCCCAAUGUGGGGCUUGAACCCACAACCCCGAGAUUAAGAGUCUCGUGCUCUGGCUGAGCUAUCCAAGCGACCUUGAGGCCUUCUGCAUGCAGGGCAGGUGUUCUUCACCAGGUCCAGCAUUACUGCAGAAAUGUCCAUAUUAUUUCUCCUGGGCAAACCCUGCUGCAAAAAAAUAUUUCUAGCCCCUGCAGAUAAGUUUGCCACUUGCACCCUUUUCUGCAACCACCCAGCAACAACAAAAAGCAGUUUGCACAUGCUUAAAGUUACUAAUGAAGAAUCUCAGCAAAACACCUCCCAUUUCUUGUAGGAAAUAAGUAUAAAUCUAAUACGUAUUUUAUUUCUAAAUUCUCUGCCUUCUAAAUGAUGGCAGAGAGAACAUUGCAAACUUUCACGAGGGCUAGAAGUAUGUCCCCUUCCUUCCUUCCUUCCUUCCUUCCUUCCUUCCUUUUAAAAAGAAGUCUUAAGAUUUUGCCUAUGUCAACAGAACAGACUACAAAAUUCAAUUCCAUGUAUAGCCAGCGAGGGGGGAGCUGUUUUCAUUUUGAAAGAACGACUUGCCACCUGCUGUAGUGGCUCUCCUUCCAAAUGUGUGCUGUAGAGGGAGGCUGUUUGCAGCUAUUCUGUGCCGAAUGGACCGCACUCUGUGCAUGAUCAGGGGCACUGGAAGCCCUCAGGAUCUGCCUUCAUACUGAGCCUCUCUAGGUGCUGGCAUGCAUUAUUUCAGUGGCGUAAUGUACUGAAGGCUUACGUUUUUAAACGUGUUGUAAGGAGCUCAAAGACAAGCGACUAACAAAUCAGACUCAUAGGGUUGGAAGGGACCUCCCAGAGUCAUCUAGCCUAACCCCCUGCAGUGCAGGAAUACAGAUAAGUCUAAUAGAUAAGUAAACAAACAAUUCCUUCAUGCUACAGGCCAGCCUUUGGCAACCUGGAGCCCUACAGCUGUUUUGGACUACAUCAGCCAUUGUGGUCUGAAAUACCUGAAGGACUCUAGCCUUUAUUCAGCCGUGAGGUGGCUUCUCUGCCAAGGUCUGAAAGCCAGAGGGUGGCGUGGGGGCUGCUUCUGUUUGCUGUGCUUGGGGAUUCCAGGCCCAGGUCCCAGGAGCAGUUGUGUUGCCCUCUUUCCACACGACAUGGCGAGGAGCUGUUGGAGUCCGUCCAGAAAAGAGCGGCAAGGCGGGUGGGGAGGGGAGAGGAACGAUCCCAGUCCUGGGACACUUAAUCUCCUGUUGUGCGAAGAAAGGUGAACUUGGUGGCUUUCUCUGGUUUCCUCGGUGCUGGUGGGGGUGAGAUCGCUGGAUGCUCCUUCAUUCAGCUGUGGACAGUGUGUGUAUGUGUGUAUGUGUGAGAGAGGGUAAGGGAUAGCUCAGGGGGCCGGGAACCGGGCCCGGGAGCAGGAAAUAAAGUGAAAUUGAGAGGACAGCUGCUUUGCUUUGGGUGGGAAGGGAAAGGGGUUUGCUUUGUAUGAACAUCUCUUUUGGAGCUGCUGAAUGCAGGUAAGUCGAAGGAUCAUCUGGUGGCAAGUUCCUCUCUCUGCCCCCUCCCCUCCUAGGAUUGUGCUAGCAGGUUAUUUCUCAGUAAAGAGGUUUGGGGGCUCAACUCUGCCUGUAUGCCAUGUUCUCUGACCUUGAAAGCCUUGUCCUCUAUUUGUGAUAUUAUUGGGGAGGGGGGGAGAGAGAAGGGGCACGCCAUGGCAUCUUCAGAUAACCAUCCCUGAGAUUGUUGCUUUGUUUGUUUUUAAGGGUUUGUUCAGGAGCUUAAUCCCCCCCCCUCCUUUAGUGCAGAGGGGAGGAAUAUAGUUCUGGAGGCUGGGGAAGAGGAAUAACUCGGUAAGGGGGAGCACAGUUUGGAUUGGGGGGGAAAUGAGGACAAGAGGCAAAAUUAGGCUUUUGAGAAGAGAAGGCAGGACUUGGAGCGGGAAGAGGGUUUCGCGGCAUUUUAUUUUUUUACUUCAUUUGUAGAUAUUCAGCUACCGCGUAAUGUUCGGAACCAAAUGUUGUAUUUGAUGCCAGAGUACAUAUUUCAUACCCUCCAACAUUUCUCCAAUGAAAACAGGGAUGUCCUAUUCCAUUAUUUGUUUGUUUGUUAAUUAUUUUAUACCUCACCCAUCUGACUGUGUUGCCCCAGCCACUCUGGGUGGCUUCCAACGUAUAUAAAAACAUAAUGAAACUUUAAACAUUAAAAAAAAUUCCCUAUGCAGGGCUGCUUUCAGAUGUCUUCUAAAGGCUGCAUAUUUACUUAUCUCCUUGGCUCAGGGGUCACAUAUUUCCAUACCCUCCAACAUUUCUCUGAUGAAAAUAGGGGCGUCCUAAGGAAAAGUGGGACAUUCCAGGAUCAAAUCAGAAACUGGGGCAGCAUCUGUAAAUCUGGGACUGUCCCUGGAAAAUAGGGACACUUGGAGCAUCUGAUAUUUACAGGUGGGUGAAGCAUUUAUUUUAUUUACCAUGUUUGUUCUCAGUGGGUGAGCCUGGCCCCCACACUCUGUAGACACAUGACUCCCAGUGUUUCCCAUGAAAUUCUACUCAGAGGAGACCCAUUGAAAUGAAUAAACCUACAUUAGUCAUCCUUCUGAACUUCAAAGAGAUCUGAAGGUGGGCCUGUAUAGGGAAAUUUUGAAUGUUUGAUGUUUUCUGGUGUUUUUAAAUUUUGCUGGAAGCCUCCCAGCAGUCAUAUGUGCAGCAUAGUAGUAAUAAUAAUAAUAAUAUAUUUUAUUGUUGUUAUUGCUGCUGCUGCUGCUGCUGCUGUUGUUAUUAUUAGUAUUAGUAUUAUCUCUGUAAGUUUUUAAUGAACUUUUCAAUUUUUACAAAUUCUUUUAAACAACCACCAGAACAAAUCUCUCAUAUCCGUUGACUUCCCAUCCACCCUUCCAUGGUGCUUAUUCUUACCUUAUAUUACUUAUAUUUUACCCAUUAUAUAUGCUAAUGAUAAAUGAUUAAAGUGCAUUUCUCAUCUGAUGCUAUACUUCAAAUCCUGCAUAUGCUUUAACAUAACCGUAAUACUUUUUCAAAUAUUCAAAUAUUACACAAAAUAUUUCCAUUCUUCAAGAAACUUUUCGUCAUUCUGUUCUUUAAUUAAUUAGUCUAGCCCUCUCAGUUGCUGCUGCUGCUGCUGCUGCUGCUGCUGCUGCUGCUGCUUCUUCUUCUUCUUCUUCUUCUUCUUCUUCUCCUCCUCCUCCUCCUCCUCCUCCUUCUCCUCAGUGGAUCUGCUCUAAGAGGGAUCUGCUCUAUUAUAGCAGUUCCCCUGUGAAACCUUAGUGCCUCUGUUUGAGUUGGAUCUGCCAUCUGCCACGACUCCUUUAUACACACACAGAGAGAGGACUUGUUGCUGACUGCUGUGUUUCCCCUUGCAGGUAUCCCCUUCUGCGCAAGGCCGGAGGCCGCUGCCUGCUACCUGCCCUGAGCCUCCAUGCCGGGGUGGACUUGCCCCUGCACUGUGCCUGGAUAAGGGCCCCAGCAUAGCCUGUGCCCUUUGCACCGCCGCACUCCAACCUUGAGAUGAUGUCGCGCAAGAAGGCCAUCCUCCUCCUCCUGGCGUUCAGCACAGGCACUUUGCUCCUGCACCAAAGUGCCCACCUCGGCUGGUAGGCGUGGGAGACUUUGAAAAGGCGGGGGUUGGCGCCAGUUCUAGGUUUGGGGGCAGCCUUUGGGCAACACGCUCUUCCCCCUGUCCUCCCUGGGCAUGCCCUAGGCCACUGUUCUUCAGACAUUGCUGGGCUACAACUCCCAUCAUCCCUGUCCAUUGGCUAAGCCUGUGCUUCCCAAACUUGGAUCUCUAGCUGUUUUUGGACUACAGAUCCCAUCAUCCCUGACCACUGGUCUUGCUAGCUAUGGAUGAUGGGAGUUGUAGUCCAGCAACAUCUGGGGUUCUGAGUGCACCACCUCCUUGCUGCCGCUGCUGCUGCCGCCACUGCCCAAUUGCAUACCUCUCCCUCUGGGUCCAAUCCAGAACUCCUCCCAGAGAAUGAGGGCAAAGUAUGGAGAGGCUUCUUCUCCUCUUCUCUUACCUCUCACUCGCACCAACAGCAAGGAGGAAGAGGCCCAAGAGAUUGGGAGUGGGGCCCCUAUUAGGGCAUGGGCAUUUGCGGGUGCCCGGUGAUGCUGACCCCUGGCACCAUUCCAGACUAAGACUAAUGAGAAAGAAAAGAAGGGAGUGGUGGGUGGGUGUGGGAAUGGGCAGUAGGCACUUUUAAGAUGGCCUAUGAUGUCUUACCAGUUGAGGCAAAUGAGAAAAUUUGGAGGCAGCUUGGGGAGGUUGGGUGGCAGUCUAGGAGAUGGGCAAACAAGCACAGGAGGUGGAAAAUGGCAUGCUCCUCAGGAUGAGAAUCCGCCACUCCACCCAGCUGUCCCCAACCUGCCACCUGAGGCACCUGCUUCACCACGCCUCAUAAUUGGGCCGGCCCUGCGGAUGACAUUUGGGUUGGGUAUUGGAAAGGAGAAAGGAGCGGAGCUUUAAAAAAGUGGUGGAGUGCAAUUAAAAUGAAGGGAGGGCUCAAAAAAAGUGGCGGAAGAGGGUGGAGGGUCCGUGAGGGCUUGGGUGUGAGACUAGGAAGCAUCUCUGGGCUUGUUGUCAUUUCUCUCGACCCCCCUGCCGCUAACCGGACCCCUUGCUUCUGCCGCCCAGGUUCCCAAAGUCGGCGCCCUUCAGCUGCGCGCCACCAUCGCCCCCCCGCCUCAAGCACACUGCCGUGGCCUUCCUGAAGACCCACAAGACGGCCAGCACCACCGUUCAGAACCUGCUCUUCCGCUUCGCUGAGCGCCACAACCUGACGGUGGCGCUGCCUCACCACACCUGCGACCACCAGUUCUGCUACCCGCGCAACUUCUCGGCCCGCUUCGUGCACCCUUACACGCUGCCGCCGCGGCUCAUCGCCAGCCACCUGCGCUUCAACCGCGAGGAGCUGCACCGCCUCAUGCCCAAUGACACCAUCUACGUCACCAUCCUGCGCGAGCCGGUGGCCAUGUUCGAGUCUCUCUUCAGCUACUACAACCAGUACUGCCCGGCCUACAAGAGGGUGCCCAACGGCUCCAUGGAGGCCUUCCUUGACGACCCUCGCCGCUACUACCGCCCCCACGAGAAAUACGCCAUGUACGCGCACAACACGCUGGUGUACGACCUGGGAGGAGACCCCGAGCACAGCCCUGAAGACCCCACCUACUUGCCGGAGUUCAUCCGCCAAGUGGAGGGCAUCUUCUCGCUGGUGAUGCUGGCCGAGUACUUUGACGAGUCCCUGGUCCUCCUGCGCCGCCUUCUGGCCUGGGACCUGGAGGACAUCCUCUACGUCAAGCUGAACAUGCGCAGCCCCGAGUCCAAGCUCAACAUCACCUCGGCCCGCGUGGCGGCCCAGGUCCACGCCUGGAACGCCCUCGACGCCCGCCUCUACGACCACUUCAACGCCACCUUCUGGCGGAAGCUGAGGCGCGUGGGCCAGGACUGCGUCCAGAAGGAGGUGCGCGCCCUCCGCCGGGCCUGUGAACACCUGGCGCACCGCUGCUUCGGGGGCCAGCCCCAGCUGCGCCCGGCCAUGCAGAUCAAGAACAAGGAGCUGCGGCCCUGGCAGCCCAGCGCCAAGGUGGGCAUCGUGGGCUACGACCUGCCGGGCUCAGGCGCCCCCUUGGACGAACAGUGCCUCAAGCUGGCCAUGCCUGAGGUGCAGUAUUCCCGCUACCUGCUGAGGAAGCAGAGCCUGAGGAACCGGAGGAGGGCGGCACUCCAUCGGCCGCUGCCGCCUCGGGGGCUCCUGAGGCCCCCCCGGCACCCUGUCCCCAAGGCGGCAUGAGCGCCCACCACCGCGGCAGCUGGAAAGGCCCAGGAGGCAGAGGCCCGGUUGGCAAGAGCCCCGGAGAGAAGCUUCCCACUGUCGCCCUGGCAACACCUCAGCGUCCUGUGAUGGGCCCUUGCAAUACUAGAUUAGGCCUAGGCCUCAGCCUUCUUCAGAGCCAGGGUGGAGGGGGGCUGGUGAUGGCUAGUCCGAUUUGGCAAUGACUCCCCCUCAGUUUCUCUUUUCUGGGACUUAGGGCUGUGCUUAGUCCUAUUAAAACUCAUGGCCUUGGGAUCUGGGUGAGCGGGACUUUCCUCCAGGCGCCCUGAGGCCGUGUGUGCGAGCCAAGUGGAUUCCCGUCGCUCGGCAACCAGCCCGAUUUUUGUUUCUUAAACCCAACUGGGUGCUCCGUUCUGGCCUCGUUUCUCCCUUGCUCCAAAGGAAAUGCUACAACUGAACCUCGGGGGAAGCUGAGCACAUCCGGGCCCCAUCCCUUGCUGUUAGAAAGCAGUGAGGGUGGUCUCCCUCCCCGCUUCUGACAACCAUUUUCUUCGUCCUCCCCACUAUGUACAUCCGAGUGCUGAAUUCGACCACUUCCGGUUCUGCUCCCCCAAAUCCAUACUGCAUGCCUGCACCCCACUUUCACAUCCAUCCAUGUGGAGCUCCAACCUGACAUCUUCUCCCUCCCCUGCCGAAAAUUAAUUUUAUACCUUUAUCAGUCUCUCUCUCCGCCCCACCCCCUUCAUGGGACUUGCCAGGAUUCAUCUCCAGAAACUUGCUUUUUUAUUUUAUUUUAUUUUUAAUGUCCUAGACCUUGUGACAUUGUAAUACAGAAGAUCUCGCUGUGUUUUUCUUGAAGGAGGAGCUGGAGGCC